CAGCAAUUGGCAACUUCCGACGAACAUUACAUACCUUAUCGUCGUCAUCAUUCAUCAUCCAUUAUCCACCAUUCACCAUCCAUCAUUUACCACAAGUUGCCAAAAACACCAUCCUGUAUAGUUACAUGAUAGGUUACUUUACUUUACUUACUAGACUAGGGUCUGUCGCGAGGAUGAGGUACCUAACCACCUAGCUAACCUAGUAAUUUAAUUAUUUACCUUAACUUACCUAAGUUACUUACUUACGUACAUACAAUACAUACAAUACACACCUACAUACAGAACAACGUCUAGAACAUGGCUUCGGCCCCGGCGUCUUCUCCGUCCCCGUCUGCCAUCCCACAAACCCUCUGGGAUCUGCAGGUUCCAGUUCUUGUGACCCAUACGAGCGCGCCUAAUGCGCCCUUUGUCGCAUCGGUGCCGCGCUUCAGCUACCUAGCCCUGCUGCUGCCGCGCCUGUCCGUCUACUUCGGCUUGCCGUGCUCGAGUUUCCAUCAUGAAGACGUACUACUCCGCAAUCUUGCCGUCGGCCUGCUCGUCGACCUGUACCAGCCUACCUUGCCGUGGCGUCUCACCGUUGCCGACGGCCUAAGCUGGGAUAUUGGAGAUACUUUUCUAAAUAGCGCCAAAGAGGCUGAUUUUAUACGCAACGGCAAUGCGCACCAGAUCAUGUCGCUAUCAAAAGACCACACCACCGCCUUAUGGAACGCGGUGCAAGACAAUGACUACGCGUCCUUCGCCAAAGUCAACGCACGCCUCCUCAACACCUCGCGCGGUCUGCGUAACGUGCCUAUUCGCCUGUACAUCCCACAGUCCCCUGACGACCCGGCUGCCGACAGCCAAGCUGGGUCGUUCAAAGUCGUGCAGUCACUCGUACAGCCGCGUGUCAGCGAGCGCCACCCCCGGACCCUCGGCGCUGCUCUCCGUAGCCUGCUACCGAGCCUGUUUCCCAGCAGCCGGGACCCUGUGCUCGCGGACGCGGUCCUACACGGUGCCCGCGUGCCCUUCGGGGCUCCGCUCGAGGAGCUCAUGCGCGAGGCGGCGUAUCCAGAUGGGUGGCUGUGCCUUGUCGUUAAGCCGUUGGACGUGUAGCGACGUCUUCUAGCAAACUAUAGGCAGCUAGCUGAGUGGCCGCCUAGGCGUGCCGACGUAGCGUAUGUGUACGUGCUUUUUUCGGUUAUAGGGAGGUUUAGACGGUUUGCUACAUAUGUAAGGGGUAGGGCGCACCGGGUUGGAGGCACAUCGCUACGAUACCUUAGGUAUUUGGAAUCACCGGGAUGAACUACGUAGCACGAGCGGCACGGCUACGUUCCUGAGUAAGGCUAUAUAGCAUGGCGUUAUACUUAUCGGUUUGUUCUUACUUAUAAUUUACUCAUUUAUCGAUACUUCCCACUACCUACCUAAG